UUUGAGUAAAUUUUGCUUACCAUUAGUGCCAUAUAUUAUAGAAAAACAUGUGUGCUUCUGUCGAAGGCCAAACCAAAAUGUGUGGUACUCCUAUAAUUGUUGGCAAAAUACACUCAAGGUUCUGUGAAAUUCGUUCUGGAUUGAGAAACCAGAGAGUAUGUGCAUUGCUGCAAUCAUGGAGCUGUCCAUCGUGAGAUUAUACACGUGACAUAUGGCCGGUGCCUUGUCUGAAUGCAACUCUUGGCGUUUGCAGACGGAGGAGUCAGGACUCAGGCAAAACCUACACUGUUCAGGAUUCAGCAACCAGCCAAGGAACAUAUCAAGAAUAUUGAAAAAACAGCUGCUAGUGCUCUACAAGAGACUUCAGAGGCCUUGUGUACACAACAUCCAAAAUCAGAUGAAAAGCUUGACAGCAUACAACUUUGGUGGCCUGGAAAAGAGCUAGCUAUGGAUAAGAAGCUAUCCGACUAUAUUGGUGUUAAUGAUAAAACAAAGAUUGUCAUCAGGCUAAGCCUCCCAAUGAACCCUUAGUGUGGUCCUGUCCGUCAUUGAUAUUGCAUAGUAGUGAAUUUUUUGCAGUUUAUGCAAAUUAUCCGCUUGUACGAUGUUUUUCAUUUUUAUGAGAAAGCAGGCAAGCAUCCUCUCAGCUGUAUGUACCAAUUGACUACCUGUAUCAACAGCUUAAAACCA